AUUCCCAGCGUAAAGCCCGGCUUUCUGUUAUUCCCUAAGCAUGAGGAUUACGUACCUGUAAGAGCUGCUGUUGUGGUAGAUGGUGCCGGGGUUAUACACUUAUUCUAGAGGUUUCAUCAGUUCCGAAGUUUACAAGUCUAUUUAGAUUUGUUUAUGAGUACUAUAUACACACACAGUCCUAGACUGCUCAUAUACAGUGUACAUGUUAAAGGCUCAGCAAUAUUAAGGAAAAAGGCUGGUUAUAUGUCAAGUCGUAUGUUAAUGUGAUAUUUGCAAAAGCAAAAAAAGCCAAAAAAAACUCUUCCCAAAUCUAAGACGGUAAGAAUCACUCCAACACCAGCAUUUUUCUCCUUAAAGCAAAUACCAAGGAAAGUAACAUUUAGUAGAGCCGUGGUUGAUGUCUCAGAUCUAAUAACUGUUUAGAAAUAGAUGAAAUUUUUAAAGGUUUGAUAGUGUAUAAUAAUAUCAGUUAUACAGCAGCAUUGUUAAAUUCUCGAAUCUGAUUGGUUAGGAGGUGUUGAUUAUUCUUCUAUAAGUGCAGCUCAGACAGUACUUCCUUCGCACCAUUUAUAUUAAUGCAUUUGUUCUAAUAUAUUAUUGUUUCUGUAGAGACAACUUGCAUGGUGUGCCUACCAUUUAAAUUUUUUAAAUUUUUUGAUGUGUGAAGAGAUGUUUGAUUAACAUUGGAGUCUCCACUAUCAGUUCUUUGUAACAGUCAGAAGCUGUAACUUUGUAAGGUUUGUGAUAAGGGAACAUCUUGGGGAGAGAGGGCUUUUGGUUUCUGGGUAACGGGUAUGAAAAAGUGCAUUGGACUUAUUAAUGUCAAGAGAGCGACCGGUGAAGGAACGACUGUUUAUAGCUGCUAUAACGUAAGUACUACCAGGAACUAACUUGUUUUGCUGACAUGCUACUAUAUUAACGUAUAAUGUGACAUUCUUUAAUGAAUAAAAAAUUGGCAGAUUGUUGUCGUAGACGAGCAAUUAAAAACUUGGGCAUGUUGAUAUUGGAAAAUAAUCAACUUCAGGGUGGUAACUGUAACUCUUUGCGUCAGGCUGCAUCACACCACCACGUCAUUAAUUAUUUUCCUGUAAUGGCAUGACCACAUGUGCUUUAUUCCCUAUUUAAACAUAGUACAAGUAGGAACAGGACCAGACAAGCUAUUGUAACUGUAGAAGUAUAUUUUUUUUCCUUCACACAGUGUCUGACACACUGUUAUUUUGCUAGAUAUUAGUCUCUAUUUUCCACAAUUUGACUUCUUAAUUGUAAGAACUACUAGCUAAUCCUCGUGCAGGUGGCACCAAUUUGUGAAUUUGUAAAUUAAAUCUGUGCAUUUCUUGUGGUGUUACAGAGUAGCUAAAUAUAUUCCAGAAGUAGCUGAUUGUAAAUAAUGAUAAUUAUGAUUCUUAUCAGAAUUUUUGAAUAUUACAGGUUAUUACCCACCUGAGUAAUCAAAUAUGAUGCUAUACACAUGAUGUAACGCAUCCCAUUGCAACUGAUUACCAAAACUCUCGCAGAAAAAAGGGCGUUUGGAUGUAGCUUUAGCUUUCUCAUUUACAUCUAUACGUGCACGUAGUAACUUGUGUUUCAGACCUGUUCUGCGCUGCGCUGGCUUUCAGGCUUCGUUCGGCUGCUCUCUGAUAAGAUUAGGUGAAAGCCUGCCUGCCAGGUGACUCUCACAUUGAGUUUCCGAGCGUGAUCGCCCCUGGUCACGGCUGAAAGAUCGAAAUCAGCACAAAACGUUCUCAGCCCACGGCGUGAAGGAAUGGAAAAAGACACACUGCCCGAAAAGCACAUCAUUACUCAAUGGUCAUCGCAUAAUUAGAUCAUCGGAGGCUGGAGGGUUUGUGUAAUCUUUAACCUCGGGAGGGCGUUGUGUCAGCGAUGCUGUUAUUUUCACUCUGGCUGGUCCGAGAGGACAAUAAUGACUUUUAUCUACUGCAGGAUUAGAUGACCAGAGGGCAGCGCUUUCCACAAGCUCACCUGAAAUUGGCCAGUCAGAUGCCAGGGGAACCCUGCUGUCAUUCAUAGUGACAGUACUGGAGCGUGUGCAGGUUACACACACACCAGCUCUGACAUGGGGACAAGUUUGGAGACAGUACUGAAGUAUAAUACGCUGCGACAGAAACUGAAAGCAAUCUGUCUUUAUCCUAGUUGCAUAGCUAAUCUUUGUUGAUUAUUAAGCAUUGUUUAAAAGUUAGGGUUCUUUCGCUUACACAGCGUUUAGUCUGCUUGAGUAGAACCCUGGUGUGUUUUUUUUACUCUGUGCAUUUCUUUAGGCAGGUGAGAACACAACAAUCUGACUUGGGUGUGGACCAGAAUAACUCGUCUGAAAGCAUCUAAACGAGGUGUCUCGAUGCGCUGCCAACUCUAGCAUGGUUUAAUUGCGCAGGUACCGGCGCAGUAUGGACAGCAGGGCAUGGGUGGAUACUGCCAACAGGGUCAGCCUCCAUACUUCAGCCCUCCUCAUCAGCAGCCUGCAGCUCCCUCUCAGCCUCACUACAUGCAGCCACGAGCUCCGCCGCAGCAGGAUGCUCCUCAGGAGGCGUACGGCAGCAGAGCCCAGCCCGCUAUGACUCCCGGGAAGCCCAACCACGACGAGAUGGGCCUGAACCAGCAAGAGAGGCCAUCCAGCCUUCCGGACCUGUCGGGCUCCAUAGACGACCUCCCGACGGGGACGGAGGCAGCACUGAGCUCAGCCGUCAGCGCCUCGGGUUCCACCAGCAGCCAGGGCGAGCAGAGCAACACAGCGCAGUCCCCAUUCUCCCCUCACGCAUCGCCCCGUCUCUCUGGCCUGCGCAGCGGACCUUCACCUUCUCCGGUCGGCUCACCCGUGGGCUCCAGCCAGUCACGAUCCGGACCCAUAUCACCUGCCAGUGUGCCAGGUACACAGAUGGCACCGCAAACCCCAGGGAAUGUAUCAGAUGUGGCCUCCCAUUCCACCCUCAGUCAGUCGCCCAUGUCUCAGGAGAGGGGAUUUGCCUCCACCCUGCAGCGCAGUGGCCCUGGCCCUCAGUUUGGCCCCCAGCAGCCUGGACCUCCCAUGUCCCCUCACCCGUCCCCAGGAGGCGCCAUGCACCACAGCGUGGGCUCUUACCAGCACAGUGGCCCCGGAUACGGGCCCCAGGGCGGGCAGUACGGCCCUUCAGGUAACUACCCUCGUCCACCCAGCUACGGCGGUGCUCCAGGCCCCAGCUACAGCGGUCCCGGGCCUGGCAUGAGCCUGGGCAUGAACGCCAGCAGCCCCAUGCACGGCCAGGGACCCGGACAGCCCUGUGGCUCGAUGCCUGCUGCUAGGGGUCCCGCUCAGCCAGGGGGAGGACGUCCAUACCCAGCAGGCUCCAGCAGCGCGGCACCCACAUCUCCCAGCAUGCCUCAGUCUGCAGGGCCCGGCAUGGGCCCACCUCCACUUACAGGUGGCCGGAAACCCCACGAGAGCGGCACUGCUCCCUCACCACAGAACCCCCACGCACCCGGACCGGCCAGGCCUCCAUAUACCAGGUCCCCUGCGUACCCGGGGGUACGGCCGAACCCCUUUACUCCCCCCCAUUUCCCUCAGCCCCAUACCGGCCUCUACACCACCGGCCCAGGCCAGCCUCAGCCCGAGCAUUAUGGGUCAGGCGGGUACCCAGGUGGGCCCCCGAUGGGCGGGAUGGGUCCCGGAGGCCCCUACAACCCACCGCAGAGCGCUAACUCGAGCAGGAUGAACCUCCAGGGUCCUCCAUACAGCACCAUGCCUUCGGGACCCAUGCCCAUGGGGCCCGGAGAAGGCAUGCCUCCCACUGAGCCGAAACAGAGAGCAGAGAAGGAGGAAGGCAGCGUGGCUGGCAACGAACCACCUAAGUCAAAGGACAGCUCCAGCUCCCACUGUGUGUCUCAGCCCCCCACCCCGUCUCCCCUGUCCCCCAGUCCUGCUAGUCUGUCCUCUAAUCACGGCGAUGACAGUGACAGCAUUAGCAGUCCAGCCUGGCCAAAGACCCCCAGCAGCCCUAAGCCGAACUCAGCCACCAUGACGAAUGAGAAGAUUACACGUUUGUAUGAGAUGGGGAAUGAGCCGGAGAGGAGGGCCUGGGUGGACCGUUACCUGGCCUUCAUGGAGGAGAGGGGCACACCUGUACCCAACCUACCUGCUGUAGGCAAGAAGCCCCUGGACCUGUGCCGCCUCUACCUGUGUGUGCGUGACAUCGGAGGCUUGGCCAUGGUGAAUAAGAAUAAGAAGUGGCGCGAGCUCUCCACUCUUCUGAACGUGGGAACAUCCAGCAGCUCAGCUAGCUCUCUGAAGAAGCAGUACAUCCAGUACCUCUUUGCUUAUGAGUGUAAGGUGGAGCGUGGUGAAGAACCUCCACCAGACGCCUUCAACAUGGACAGCAAGAAGCAGCAGCAAGCCAAGAUCCAGCCACCAUCACCGGCGAACUCCGGCUCUCUCCAGGGCCCUCAGACUCCUCAGUCUACAGGCAGCAGCUCCAUGACAGAGAUGCCCGGGGAUUUAAAGCCCCCGACUCCCGCCUCAACUCCACACAGCCACAUGCCCCCUCAGCAAAGUGGCAGAAACAGUGGUGUCAGUGUGCAGGAUCCGUUUUCUGAUAACAGCGAUCUAGCUUUCCAAAAGCGAGCCAACGUCCCACCUGGUAUGAUGUACCAGCAGGGAGGAGGGGGCAUGGAUGCACGAAUGCAGUAUGAUGCCAACAAGGAGCCCUAUGGAGGUCAAAGGAAAGGUGGCAACGACUCUUUCAUGCCAGGGCCAAUGCCCAGCAGUGGCAUGCAGGACAUGUACCCACGAGGACCCCAGGGCAUGGGCAUGAGACCCCAGUACCCUUACAGCCAAGGCUUUGACAGAAGGCCUGACCAUGCCAUGGGCCCAGAUGGUGGAAUGGUGCCCCCUGGAAAUCAGAACAACAUGAUGCCUUCCAACAGCGAUCCAAACAUGUACCCAGGCAAUAGAUACCCGUCACAUCAGAGGCAUGGCCAUGAUGGCUAUGGACAGCAGUAUCCUCAAGGCAUGCCAUACAGUGCACAUGGAAUGUACCCACAGCCACAGGGCUAUAAGAGACCUGGGGAAGGGAUGUAUGGCCCUCCAGCAAAGCGACAUGAGGGUGAUUCCUAUGGCAUGCAGUUCAGUGGCCAGCAGCCGGAUAUGUAUGGCCAGUACAGUGGAUACCCAGAGCGCAGACCUAUGCAGGGCCAGUUCCCAUACCCAUAUAACCGUGAACGCAUGCAGCAUGGGGGACAGGGACCACCUCAGCAUGGCAUUAUGGGUGGAGGACCGUCCUCCACUCCCAGUGGGGGGCCUCAAGGUAACAUGUGGCACCCUAGGACUGAUAUGGGCUACCCUUACCCUAGCAGACAGGGCCACGGGCCUCCAUACCCAUCCAUGAGCCGUGCAGAUGACCCAGAGGGCAGGGCAAAUCAGGACAGUCAGUGGCCGAGUCACCCGGGCCAACGUCAGUCGCCUUAUCCUCCCCAGUCUUCUGCUAGCUCCAUGCCACCCAUGACAAACCGACAGCCUCCGUCCUCUUACCAGUCCCCUCCAGCCAUACCAAACCACAUCGCCCGUGCUCCGAGUCCAGCCCCAUUCCCCAGACCCAUGGGAGGUUCUAUGUCCCCCAAUAAAGCUCAUUUGAUGCCAUCAAUGAAGAUGCCAAAACCAGGGGUUCCCGGGUCUAUGCCAGGCUCUCAGAGUGGUGGUGUCCCCAGUCAAGGCCUCCCACCCAUACACCGAGAGAUCAGCUUUCCACUGGAUUCCGUUGAGGCUACACAGCCUCAGCUAAAGCCUCGCCGAAGGUUAACUUCUAAAGACAUUGGGACACCAGAGGCCUGGCGUGUGAUGAUGUCUCUGAAGUCUGGUUUGCUAGCCGAGAGCACUUGGGCUUUGGACACAAUAAACAUUUUGCUAUAUGAUGAUAACACAGUGUCUUCUUUUACCUUGUCACAGUUGCCAGGUUUCUUGGAACUUAUAGUUGAAUAUUUCAGAAGAUGUUUGAUUGAGAUCUUUGGAAUCCUUGAGGAAUAUGAAGUGGGUACUGAGGGCCAGAAGACACUUCUCGGCCCCCUCCCAGAGCCAGCAGAAAAAGAGGAAUUGGAGCAUCAGGAGCAUGAUAGUCAUUCAAAUACUGAGCAGGCAGACAAGAAGCCUGAAGCAGAGUCUCAAAGGUGUGUCCCCAGCAGCACCUCUGGAGCAGACCCCCUGGAGAAGAAGCCAGCAGAGACAGUUGAGCAGGAGAAGGAUAGACAAAACGAAGCGGGUAAAGAAGAUUCUCCUUCCACAGAACCCAGGCCCAAGCAAGCUAGCAAGUAUGACAGAUUGCCAGUGAAGGUGGAGGAGAGGGAGGCAAUCACAGACCUGGUGGAAGACCGAUCAGAACAGCUGGGCUUGGCUGGAGAGUUCAUCAGUGGCCUACUGCACUGGAAGGCUGGCGGAGGAGACUCCACUGCCCACAUCCAGACCCACUUUGAUAGAAGAUUUGAUGAGACAGGAACUAAACCAGUAAUGACAAUGGACCUAGAGGAGGUUAAAGAACAAGACACUGAGGAUCCCACUCAAGAGGAAUCAUCUCAUAAGCAAGACCAAGGUGUCACAGAUAAUAGUCUGACAGCCACUGCAGAUGGUACAGGAUCUCUACCCGAGAGUGGGGCCCAAGAGUCCACCUCACAGAGCCAAGAGAACCACCGCAGUAUCACCCUGCUGGAAGAUGAACCACGUUGCUGGGAUGAGGCACCACUUUCCACAGCCGAGAACUGGCAGGAUGAGCUGGCGAAACGCUGCAUAUGCAUCUCCAACAUAGUCCGUGGGCUCUCCUUUGUGCCAGGUAAUGAUGCUGACAUGGCACGGCAUCCAGGUCUGGUACUUAUAUUGGGUAAGCUGGUGCUCUUGCACCAUGAGCACCCAAAGAGGAAGAGGACACCCCCAACCUACCAACGUGAAGAGGAGCGAAGUCUGGCUUGUAGCAAGGAUGAGUGGUGGUGGGACUGCCUUGGUGCCUUGCAUGAGAACACCUUGGUGACCUUGGCCAACAUUUCAGGGCAGCUUGAUCUGUCAGUCUACCCCGAGAGCAUCUGCUUACCCAUUCUGGAUGGGCUUUUGCACUGGAUGGUUUGUCCAUCAGCCGAGGCCCAGGAUCCUUUUUGCACGGCGAGCGGCUUCUCUUCUCUGACACCACAGAGGCUGGUGCUGGAGUGCUUGUGCAAACUGAGCAUCCAGGACUGUAAUGUGGACCUGCUAUUAGCAACACCACCAUUCAGCCGCCAGGAACGCCUCUUUGCAACGUUAGUGCGUCACGUGGGUGAACGUAAAAGCCAGGUGUGCCGGGAGAUGGCUGUGGCCGUCCUCGCCAACCUGGCGCAGGGUGAUCCCACGGCAGCGCGGGCCAUUGCACUUCAGAAGGGCAGCAUUGGGACCCUGAUAGGCUUUUUAGAGGACAGUCUUGCCAUGGCACAGUAUCAGCAGAGCCCUCAUAGCCUACUACAUGCAGGACAUCCAACCCACCCAGAGCCACCCAGCAUCAACAUGAUGUGCCGGGCUGCUAAAGCUUUAAUGGCGAUUGCUCAGGUUGAGGAGAACCGGCCCGAGUUUGUGUUGUACGAGAGCCGCCUGCUGGACAUCACGUUGUCAUCCGUGCUGAACUCUAGCGUGGCAGCCAUUUUGUGCGAGGUGCUGUUUAAGCUGGGACGCUCGUGACACAAGCAGUAGCCUGGCAGUGCUGAAAAUCAGUGGGACAAGCCACACAGAUCGAGAUCGUUGGUGUUAUAUUUUUAUUUAAAUAAAAAAAAAAAAAAGACAAAAAAUGUUUUUACUUACAAACAGUUAUAUAGAGAAUAUAUAUAGCUCCUCUACCCCACUUUUUUUCAUUUUGGAUUUUUAAAUGAUUUUAAUACAAAUAUUUAAUAUUUCAUGGUGUUGUUUUCUAUUCUUUUUUAUGCUUUUUUUUUGUGUUCCUUUUUUCAGUUCCGUUUUAACCAAAGUUGGCAUCUGAUAGAUACUGUUUUAGUUUUCAAAAUUUUUUGCUCUUAAGAUUUUUUUUUUUUUUUUCAUUGUUUGUGGCUGUUUCUGGUGGGACUUUGUUUAUUUGGGGAUGCACAUUUAUUUAAAUUGUGAGAUGUGUUGUAGAUAGAACUUCUCUUGCAAUGUGUUAAAGAAAAAAAAAAAAACACUGAUUUACUCAAGAUAUACAUGUAUCCAGCUCUAAAAAGCAUUGUGCAAUAGGGUGUAGAUGGCUUGUUGGAGGGGAGAUUACCAAAUGUGAAUGACUCUUUACCACAGGCAAUAUUCAAAUCUGAUAACCAGUAUUGCACUGCGUAACCACACCAGUAUAUAUGAGGGUAAAGUGAGAGCUGGUUUUUUAACUUACUCGCUUCCACCAGUAUGACCAUUAGACAGCAGGAUCAACAGUCAGAAAACGGAACUCUAAAGCGCUUCAGUUACCACUUCUCUUCAUUCAACUUAUGGGCUGAUUUGUGUAUAUAUGAGCUGUAUAUUAAACAGGCCCUUUUCACUUUUUAUUUCUCCAAGAGAUGUGGUAUUAUAUAAAGUGAUGGUAGUUGAUGCUAAUUAUUAACAACAGUUUGAAAAUGAAAUUUUCAUCGCCAUCUUCUGUCGAGGGUAGUCUGCUGUUGUGUAGGACGUUCCUGCAUGGACUGUACUACACACAAUUCUGUAAAAUGGAUAGGAACAGGUCCCUCGAAAGGCCUUGGAUGUCUGGCUUAAAAAAUAAAAGACACAGGCUCAUCAAAUUGUCAGUCGGUGUAACUGUAAUCCAGCAAAAUUUGAAGUUACCCAAAAGUGACUUGAGCAACAAUUCCAAUGAAAAUGUACAACUCUGUGAACUUUUUUCAUGCCAUAUGAUUUGAUGAACAUUGUUUAUUAGUAUAAAGUCUUUAUACUACAUGUUCCACAUGUUAAAGUAAAUGUACAUGAAAUCUG